CCCCCCCGUAACCGCGGGAGGGGUCCGGGUGCCCAGCCCGGCCGAGGGGCUCGUCCCGCGCUCGGGGGGGUCCCGGUCCCGCCCCCGGCCUCACCGCGACCCCCACGGCCGGCAGCGAGCGGCCCCGGGUCAUGGAGCCCGGCGCCCCACCCGCGCCCCGCUGCACCCCGGAGCCGCGGCCCCACUACGAGCCGGUCCCUGCUGCUCUCUGUGCGCUCGGAGCGCUCCUGGGGCUCCUGUGCGGCUGCUUCGGCUACCGCUGCUUCAAGGCCGUCAUGUUCCUCUCGGGGCUGCUCUUCGGCUCUGGAGUCAUCUUCGCGCUGUGCUACGGGCAGCGGGUGCUGGGGGCGCGGCUGGGGCUGGCAGCGAGCGCAGGCAUCGCGCUGCCCAUCGGGCUGCUCUGCGGGCUGCUCACCGCGCUGCUGCGCAGCGUCGGGCUCUUCACCACGGGGCUGCUGCUGGGGCUGCUGCUGGCCGCGGCCGCGCUGGCAGUGGCCGCGCCGGUGCCGCCGCCGAGCCCCUGGGUGCCGGUGAGCACGGCGCUAGCGCUGGCGCUGCUCUGCGCGCUCUUGGCGUUGCGCUGGCCCAAGGCGGUGACCGUGGCGGCCACCGCGGCGCUGGGAGCCGCCGCCGUCCUGGUGGGCGCCGAUUACUUCGCGGAGGCGCUGGCGCUGGUGCUGUUCGUGUGCGACCGGCUGCGGCGGGCGCCGGCACCGGCGCUGUGCUGGCCGGGCUGGGCGCUGCUGGGAGCCUGGCCCCUGCUCAGCUUCCUCGCCGCGCUGCUCCAGUGGAGGAUCACGGCCCGCGGCUGCGCGCACAGCGCCGCCCCCUGCAGCUCCCAGCAGCAGCAGCUCCGGCGGCAGAAGGAGACCAAGAGCAGGAUGGGCCCAACUCCCACAGAGGGCCCUCCCCGGCCGAUGCGCAGCCCUCAGUGAGCCCGUGCCCCGGGGGGCUGAGUGGGGCCUGCAGAGGAGACCCCCCCUAACGUGCCUUGGGGGUGUUGCUCCCCCCUUCCCCUUAAAAUAUGCAAAUGAGGUGCUAUAUGUCCCACCCUAAUUAGGGAGUGGUCAUGGGGUGGGCAGGGCUUCAGGGAUUCCCCCCCCCAACCCCAUCCCCAUAGGGAAAACCCCGCAGCCCUCCCUCGUGCCGCCUGCCCCAUAACCUACCCCCAUGACCCAUAACCUGCCCCCCUCCCCCCAGAAAACCCCUUCAAAACAAAGCCCCACAUCUAUUUUUGUAGGACCUACCCAAAUACUGCCAUGGGACCAAUCGCUCCAAUUUCCCCCAAAGCCUCAACCCCAUGGUGGGGGGGGGUCUCACCCUGCCAUGGGGCUCCCAAAGACCCCCCCCAUGGACCAGGAGUGACCAGCGCUGGGGCUCUGCUGGGUUUAUUGUCACCACGGUUUGAAACAAGGGUGGGAAUAGGCCAUGACACGGAACACGAGGGGCUGGGCUGGACGGGGGGACACACGAUGAGACCCCCCCAAAUAAAAUAAAAUAGCAAAUAAAAAGGUAAA